AUGCAGACCGGCACCAUCAAGUCUUACAAUCCUCACAAGGGUUGGGGGUUCAUUGAGUGCAAUGGACAAGACACCUUUGUGAACAAGAAGGAUCUGAAAGGCUAUUGUCCAUCAAAGGGGAAUCAGGUGCAGUUUGAGGUGACCCAGUCUGAGAAGGGAGCCCAGGCCACGAACGUGACAGUCCUCGGUUCUCCGGAAGAGCUCAGCUACUUCGGGCAGAUCAAGAGCUUCAACCCCAACAAGGGUUAUGGCUUCAUAACUUGCGAGGCCUUUCCGGGCAAAGACAUCUUCGUGCUGAAGUCGGAGCUUCCGGCAGGCUACGGACCCAUAGGUGGCCAGUGCAAGUUCAAGGUGCAGGAGGAAGGAAAAGGACCCUCAGCAAGGGACGUGAUGCUCCUCGGCUCAGCAGGCCAGCAGGCACAGCAGAUGAGCUCCAUGACAUAUGCUGAUCCGGGCUAUGGCAAAGGCUGGGACAAAGGCUGGGGGAAGGGUGGUUGGGAUUAUUGGGACAUGGCCGGAAAAGGCGGCUACGGAGGCUACGAUCCCUGGAUGGGAAUGAUUCCCCCACCUUGGAAAGGAUAUGGCAAAGGCUAUGGUUGGUGA